AAGGGAUUGUGUGUUUUACUUAAUUUGGUUUCUAAUUUGGAUGUGGAUUGCAAUUUGCAAAUCCAUUAUGUAACUAUAUUGUUUUUUUCUGUAGUUUUAUACUUUUGCAUAUGCACAUUUUAAUCAAUUUUUCUUUUUCUAAACCAAGAAAUCUUCUCAACUAUUUCAGGUUUUGCUGAGAGGAAAUUAAUAUUAUGCAGACACCAAAAUCAAGGAAUGUUACGGUGGAGGUGCCACAAAGGACAUCUCCUGCAGCAACAAAGACAGCUCGAAAGCUCAAAACUCCAGGAUCAGAUGCUGCUACCAGGACACCUAAAGAGAGGAGUCCUAAAGUUGUUGUUCGUCGUUCUCCACGUAGUCCAGCUUUAGAGAAGAAGCAUCCAACCGGAGUUUCCGACUUGGAAACUCAGCUUGCUCAACUUCAAGAGGAGCUGAAGAAGGUAAAGGAUCAGCUCAAUUCAUCCGAAUCAUUAAAAAGACGGGCUCAACUAGAGGCAGAGGAAGCGAAGAAGCAGCUAACAGUUAUGUCGGAGCAGCUUGAGGACUCUGAGAAACAACUACUUGAACUCUCAGAAUCUGAGGAAGCUCGAAUCCUGGAGCUACGCAAGCUAUCACAGGAUCGAGAUCGAGCAUGGGAAUCUGAACUUGAGGCUGUCCAGAAGCAGCACAAAUUCGACUCUGCUGCUUUAGGUUCUGCUAUGAAUGAAAUCCAGAAGCUUAAAACUCAGCUGGACCGCGUGGUUGAUUCUGAAGCCAAUCAAGCUCGACAUGCUGAAUCAGCUUACGCUGAGAUUCAAAGCUUAAGGUUAGAACUUAUGGAAACACUUGCAUUGGUUGAAAAAUUGAGAGAUCAGCUAAAUGAUAGCAAGGAAUCUGAGGCAUGCGCGCUUGAAGAAGUGAGUAAAGCACAGAUGCAGCUGGAAGUGGCAAAGAUGACCGAGGAUACUCUACGUUCUGAAGGUCUGAAAGCAAUGGAGGCUUACAAAUCCUUGUCGUUGGAGUUAGAACAAUCAAACAAUCGAGUAGCUACAUUGGAGGAACUUGUCAGUGAACUCCAAAGUGCUCAAGAUAUCGAAAACAUGAACUCUGCACAAGAAAACGGAGUUAAUGUGGAAGCCGAGGAACUCAAAACCGAGCUGAGUAAUCUACAAGUUGAGGUAAGUCAACUAAGAGCUGCAUUAGAGGUUUCGGAGACAAGAUAUCAGGAAGAAUAUAUCCAGAGCACUUUGCAGAUUAGAAGUGCUUAUGAGCUAGUGGAACAAUCAAAAUCUGAAUCAAUACAGAAAGAGGCUGAAUGGGAGGCAAAGUUAGAGGCUACAAAAGCUGACUUGGAAGAGUUAAAGGAGAAAUUAAUGAGCAAAGAAGAUACACUACAAAGCAUUUCAGACGAAAAUAAGCAUUUCAGUACAUUAGAUGCUGUACUGAAGGAAUCAGAGUCAACUUUGGGAGUAUUGAGAGCAAGUUUACUCGACAAAGAGACGGAGUUGCAAAGUAUAAAGGAAGAAAAUGAGAUACUGAUGUCCGAAAUGAAGAAGAGGGAAACUGAGGGUAGCAAAGCGAAUGAUUCAGCUCUUGCCUUGGCAGAAGCCGCGAGAACUGCAGAAAAAGAGGCAUUGGUGAAGUUAGGACACUUGACUGAGGAAGCGGAUAAUAGUAUUAGAAAGGCAGCACGUGUGACCGAGCAGUUGGAUGCAGCACAGAAUGCCAACUCUGAGAUGGAAGCAGAGUUGAGGAGGUUAAAAGUGCAAUCUGAUCAGUGGAGGAAGGCUGCUGAGGCAGCUGCAGCUAUGCUUUCAACUGGAAAAAACGGGAAAUACACGGAGAGAACAGGUCCUUUAGAUUACCACACUAAGCUGGAUUCGCCAUUAUCUGAAGAUACGGAUGAUGACUCGCCUAAGAAGAAGAAUGGAAACAUGUUGAAAAAGAUUGGUGUUUUGUUGAAAAAAGGCCAGAAGUAGAAGCAUAUAGUUGCAAGUUGCUUUCGAAUAAUCGUUGUUUGAUUUGCCUGAUGAUAACAGUCUAGUUUACAUUCCAGUUUUUCUGUUAAUAAAUCUACUCUACACCUUAUGAAUCUCAUAGAAGAUAUUUGUAUAGCUAUUUGAAAUUAAGAACACUGUAUGAUCUCAGUUGCCAAAUGCUUGGUAGGCUCUCUAAGGAGAUAUUAAGUGUUGUAAUUUCUUUUGGUUAUAAUUU